GAUUAACAUUACAUUAUAAUAUACACGUUUUUAAGUAUAAAAAAACAAAUCACGUAUUUAGUGUUUUGUUACACGAUUGCUUGCUUAAAGACUCUCAGAGAAAUUAAAAGGCAGACAGCAACAUCUCUCCGUGGUGUUUGGAUCUCGGCAGGCGUGGAAACGGAGAAGUGCGUUUUUGUUGGUUGACACUCGCCGUCAUCGUUAUCCGGCCUGCAGAGAGGUGAAGCCGGGAGCUGGAGUUUGCAGAAAGGGGGACUCACCAUGGCGGUAAACCUGGACAAGGACGCUUACUACCGCCGAAUCAAGAGAUUAUACAGCAACUGGAAGAAAGGAGAAGAUGAGUUCGGUAAGGUCGAUGCCAUUGUGGUUUCUGUGGGAGUUGAUGAAGAAAUCGUGUACGCCAAGUCCACAGCCGUACAGACCUGGCUGUUUGGCUACGAGUUGACAGACACCAUUAUGGUGUUUUGUGACACUAAAAUCAUCUUCCUAGCUAGCAAGAAAAAAGUGGAUUUCCUCAGACAAGUGGCCGUAACUAAAGGCAACGAGAACGCCAACGGAGUGCCGCCCAUCACGCUGCUCACCAGAGAAAAGAACGAAAGCAACAAGGUUAAUUUUGACAAGAUGAUCGAAUCCAUCAAGGGCAGUAAAGGAGGAAAGACGAUAGGCGUGUUCAGCAAGGACAAGUUCCCAGGAGAGUACAUGAAGAGCUGGAAUGACACCCUCAGCGCAGAGGGACUGGAGAGAGUGGACAUCAGCGCUGUGGUCGCCUACACGAUGGCGGUGAAAGAGGACGGAGAGCUCAACCUGAUGAAGAAGGCAGCGGCCAUCACCGGAGAGGUUUACUCCAAGUUCUUCAAGGAGCGAGUCAUGGAGAUCGUUGACGCAGAUGAGAAAGUGCGUCACAGCAAGCUGGCCGAGUCGGUAGAGAAAGCCAUAGAGGAGAAGAAGUACCUGGGUGGGGCAGAUCCGUCCACAGUGGAGAUGUGCUAUCCUCCCAUUAUCCAGAGUGGCGGGAACUACAGCCUCAAGUUCAGCGUCGUCAGUGACAAAAACCACAUGCACUUCGGUGCCAUCACGUGUGCCAUGGGGAUCCGCUACAAGUCGUACUGCUCCAACCUAGUGCGCACGCUCAUGGUGGACCCCUCUCAGGAGAUGCAGGACAACUACAACUUCCUGCUGCAAGUGGAGGAGGAGCUACUGAAGGGGCUCAAGCACGGUGUAAAAAUCAGCGACGCCUACAACGCCGUUAUGGAGUACGUGAAGAAAGAGAAGCCGGAGCUCGUAGCGAAGCUGACAAAAAACCUCGGCUUUGCCAUGGGCAUCGAGUUCAGAGAAGGCUCUCUGGUUCUGAACGCUAAGAACCAGUACAAACUGAAAAAAGGCAUGGUGCUCAGUAUCAGCCUGGGCCUCUCCGACCUUCUUAAUAAAGACGCGAAGAAAGAUGAGCAGAAGUACGCCUUGUUCCUUGGUGACACAGUUCAGAUCAAUGAGGAAGACGCCGCCACGAUACUCACCCCUGUCAAGAAAAAGAUCAAGAACGUGGCCAUCUUCUUGAAGAAUGACGAUGAAGAAGACGAGGAGGAGGAAGGCGACGAUGCCGAGGAGCUGCUGGGGAAGGGAGCCCGGAGCGCCGCUCUGCUGGCAGACAGAACCAGACUACUUGGGAAGAACGAGAUGACGGCGGAGGAGAAGAGGCGCGCUCACCAGAAGGAGUUGGCCAACAACUUGAAUGAGGAGGCCAGGCGGCGUCUGACGGAGCAGAAAGGAGAGCAGCACAUGCAGAAGGCCAGAAAAUCAAACGUGUCUUACAAGAACGUGUCUCAGAUGCCCAAAGAAAAGGAAAUCAGGGAAAUGAAGAUUUAUAUCGACAAGAAAUACGAGACAGUUAUCAUGCCUGUUUUCGGCCUCGCCACACCGUUUCAUAUUGCCACCAUCAAGAACAUUAGCAUGUCUGUAGAGGGAGACUACACCUACCUGAGAAUCAACUUCUACGUUCCUGGAAGCUCUCUGGGCCGACAGGAGGGAAACAUUUUCCCCAAUCCUGAUGCUACAUUUGUCAAAGAAAUCACGUACCGGGCAUCCAACCUGAAGACUCCCGGCGACACGUCGGUGCCCUCCACCAACCUGCAGAAUGCCUUCCGCAUCAUCAAGGAGGUCCAGAAGCGCUACAAGACGCGAGAAGCUGAAGAGAAGGAGAAGGAGGGCAUCGUGAAGCAGGACUCGCUGGUCAUCAACCUGAACCGCAGCAACCCCAAACUCAAAGACCUCUACAUCAGGCCCAACAUUGCUCAGAAGAGGAUGCAGGGCUCGCUGGAGGCGCAUACUAAUGGUUUCCGUUUCACGUCAGUUCGCGGUGAUAAAGUGGACAUUCUUUACAACAACAUUAAACACGCCAUCUUCCAGCCGUGUGAUGGGGAGAUGAUCAUUGUCCUGCACUUCCAUCUCAAGAACGCCAUCAUGUUCGGUAAGAGGCGCCACACGGACGUGCAGUUCUACACCGAGGUGGGGGAGAUCACCACAGACCUGGGCAAACACCAACACAUGCACGACAGAGACGACCUGUACGCCGAGCAGAUGGAGCGCGAGAUGAGGCACAAACUCAAGUCUGCGUUCAAGAACUUCAUUGAGAAGGUGGAGACGCUGACUAAGGAGGAGCUGGAGUUUGAGGUGCCCUUCAGAGACCUCGGGUUCCAGGGUGCCCCCUACAGGAGUAAUUGCUUAUUACAGCCAACAUCCGGUUCCCUCAUCAACGUGACUGAAUGGCCGCCGUUCGUGGUGACUCUGGAUGAGGUGGAGUUGGUCCAUUUUGAGCGUGUGCAGUUCCAGCUGAAGAACUUUGACGUAGUCAUCGUCUACAAGGACUACAGCAAAAAGGUCACCAUGAUCAACGCAGUGCCUGUGAACUCCCUGGACCCCAUCAAGGAGUGGCUCAACUCUUGUGACAUCAAGUACACAGAAGGAGUCCAGUCUUUGAACUGGACCAAGAUCAUGAAGACCAUCGUAGAUGAUCCAGAGGGCUUCUUCGAGCAGGGAGGCUGGUCGUUCUUGGACCCAGAGAGCGAGGGAAGCGGCGCAGAGGAAGAUUCAGAGUCAGAGAUGGAGGAUGAAACAUUUAACCCAUCUGCGGAUGAAGAGGAGGAGGAAGAGGAAGACAGCGAUGAAGACUACAGCUCAGAGACAGAAGACUCUGAUUACAGCGCUUCACUGGGCAGCGAGGAGGAGAGCGGCAAAGACUGGGACGAGCUGGAGGAGGAAGCCAGGAAAGCUGACAAAGAGAGUCAUUAUGAAGACGAGGACACUUCCACCAGGAAGAGGAAGGGAGUCCCUUCGGCCCCUCCCACUAAAAAGAAGCGGCGGUCCUAAACUCACACACACACACUGCCAAACCCAGCUUACCCUCCACCUUUCCCUCUACCCCCCCUGACUCUUUUCAAAAUCACACACACUCACACACACAUUUUCUGACAAAUAAUCUGUACAUAGAUGUAGAAGGUCUCCCUUUUCUUCGUUUUUUUUUUUUUUUGGGUGUGUAAAGUUACUCGUGUCAACGAAAGAACCAGCAGUCACACUUUGUUCAGCAGCUUCUCAUCCUGUUCAUUCCUGAUUUAUUCUGUUUCUCAGCCAAUUAUCCCUCGGUUGUGUGUGUGUGUGUGUGUGUGUGUGUGUGUGUGUGUGUGUAUGUGUGUGUGUGGGGGGGUGGUUAUGGGUUUUAUUACGAGUGUUUUCUGUAAUAAAUGAUACUGGUUUCUUAAUAUGAUGGAUAAUAAAAGAGGACGUGUCAUCCCCUCUGCCAAGUGUUUUCUAUAAAAACUCAGAAACCUGUGACUCUUUCUGCGUUUCAUCGAACGUUUUCUUCUGUUUUCUCUUUAUUCAAACGUGUCAACAAGCAGGAGCGUUUAUCUCCUGCUUGUUUUUCUUUUUCUAAUGGACUUUGUAAACUUGUGUAGUUAUGCAUGCACACACACACACACACACAGCAUCCUCCUCACGCUUGUCCUACGUUUCCCUUUCCGUUGUACGUUGUAUCAGAAUAGAUGUAUUGUUGAUUCUGAAAAUCUGUUUUUUUGUUUUUGUAAUAAAAUUAAAAGGAACUGUA